AUGCUGGGGUACAGCAGCCGAGACCCCCAGCCCCCUGAAGCAGCAGCAGCAGCAGCAGCAACAGCAGCAGCAGCAGCAAGGAUAGAAGCAGCAGCAGCAGUAGCAGUGGGAGCAGCAGCAGCAGCAGCAGCAGCAGCAGCAGCAGCGGGGGUAUUGUCGCAUGCAAUCGCUUUACUGGAGGAGCAGCAGGGAGCAUAUCAGCAGCAGAAUUCUCCGCAGCAGCACCCGAAGCAGCAGCAACAGCAACACCAACACCAGCAGCAGCAGCAGCAGCAGCAGCAGCAGCAGCAGCAGCAGCAGCAGCAGCCGAUGGCUCUUCGUGCUGCAUCAUUCGCACCCACAGUAUCUUCUUUAUCUGAGCCGCAGGAUUCCUUCAUUUGCGGCUGUCUCCCAUCAACCUCUCUCCCUGCUGCUCCUCAGCAGCAGCAGCAGCAGCAGCAGCAGCAGCAGCAGCAGCAGCAGAAGCAGCUGAAGCAGCAGCAGCACAACCACCACCACAACCACCACCACCACCACCACCAUCAGCAGCAGCAGCAGCAGCAGCAGCAGCAGCAGGAUCCUGCUGCUGCUUUUCGCUUGCUAGACUCUCUCAACCGCCUGGGGUCCUGGGUGGAGGAGGAGGAGGAGCAGCAGCAGCAGGUAGCUGCUGCAGCAGCAGAGUAUUUAGGAGGAGGAGGAGGAGCAGCAGCAGCAGGUAGCUGCUGCAGCAGCAGAGUAUUUCGGGGAGCUGAAGCAACCAGCAGCAACAGCAACGCAUGCAAGCCGCCCCCUGCUGCUGCAACAAGACUCAGACCAGCAGCAGACGAUAGGCAGCUCUGCAGCAGCAGCAGCAACAGCAGCAGCAGCAGCAGCAGCAACAGCAGGAGAGAGAUGGAGGAGAUGUGUAUACUGCUGCAGCGGGGUGAUGCUGUAGUGUGCGAGCAGCUGCAUGCACUUGAGUCCUAUCAGGAGCUCUUAGCAGCAGCAGCAGCAACCAGCAGCAGCAGCAGCAGCAGCAGCAGCAGCAGCAGCAGGAUGCAUUGGGAUCUGCUGCUAGCUGGUGAUCGUCUCCGUGAGGAGUUGUUAUGGAUGCGAUCCCAGCAGCAAAGACAGCAGCAACAGCAGCAGCAGCAGCAGCAGCAGCAGCAGGCUGCUUCCUCCUCUAACCCAGCAACAAAAACAGCAGCAACAACAGCAGCAGCAGCAGCAGCAGCAGCAGCAGCAGGGCGUCGAGCAGCAAUAAUAGAUAUAAUAAUGAGCUACGCAGCAGACAUACAAAAAUGUUUUGGUUUUUGUAUGAGAGACAUAACCCGGGUGUCUAUACAGCUGGCUCUGCAGCAGCAAACCCUUGCUGCUCUUCACGGCUGUCUUUGUCUUCCUCUACCCCUUGAGUUCGCUUGCUUCUACCUCCAGCAGCAGCAGCAGCUGCAGCAGCAGCAGCUGCAGCAGCAACGGCAGCCGCAGCAGCAGCAGCAACGGCAGCAGCAGCAGCAGGUGCAGCAGCAGCAGCAGCAGCAGCAGCAGCAGCAGCAGCAUAUGCUGCGUGGUGCUGCAUGCAGUGUACUGGGGCGUUGGAUCCCUCUUCCCCAUCCCCAGCAGCAGCAUCAGCAGCAGCACCAGCAUCAGCACCAGCACCAGCAGCAGCACCAGCAGCAUCAGCAGCAGCAGCAGCAGCAGCAGCAGCAGCAGCAACAGAUAGAAGAAUAG